UAGAGUCCAAGUACAUUUCCCAUGCACGUUGCCUUCCGCCUCCACCGCUCCGUCUUAUUUAUCGAGUUGCAGGUCUCCUUAGGAUCCAGGCACUUCCUCGGCGGGGUGGCUUCCUGUCAUUCAUGGAUGGUCCCUCUUCCUAGCCAAGCGAGAGAAGAUCAGCAGCUUGGGUUUGGCAAAGCUUGAUCUCUGAGCCCCUGACCGUUUCGGGAGGAUCGGGCCCACAGAGAUUGCACCUGCCCCACUUGUCGUGUGCCUUACUCCCUUGGGGAGUGACACCGCCUCGUCUCCCCGUCAUCCGCCAUGAGCUUCUUUGGGUUUGGACAGAGCGCCGAGUUGGAACUGGUGCUGAGCGACGCGGAGAGCAGGCGCCGGGCGGAACACAAGACAGAGGAGGGCAAGAAGGAGAAAUACUUCCUCUUCUACGAUGGCGAGACGGUUUCGGGGAGAGUCAUCCUGACCCUCAAACACCCGAACAAGCGCCUAGAGCAUCAGGGCAUCAAGGUGGAGUUCAUUGGUCAAAUCGAGCUCUAUUACGACCGAGGGAACCACCAUGAAUUUGUCUCCCUGGUGAAGGACCUGGCUCGUCCUGGAGAGUUCACGCAGUCACAGACCUUUGACUUUGAAUUCACACAUGUGGAGAAACCAUAUGAGUCUUAUACUGGGCAGAAUGUGAAGCUAAGGUAUUUCCUCCGGGCUACUGUGAGCAGAAGGCUAAACGAUGUGGUCAAAGAGAUGGACAUCGUUGUGCAUACACUCAGCACGUAUCCCGAACUCAACUCCUCCAUCAAAAUGGAAGUAGGGAUUGAGGACUGCUUGCACAUUGAAUUUGAGUACAAUAAAUCCAAAUACCAUUUAAAAGAUGUGAUUGUGGGGAAGAUCUAUUUCCUCCUCGUGCGGAUCAAGAUCAAACACAUGGAGAUUGACAUCAUCAAGAGGGAAACCACAGGGACCGGACCCAACGUCUACCAUGAAAAUGACACCAUUGCGAAAUACGAGAUCAUGGAUGGAGCACCAGUGAGAGGGGAAUCGAUCCCCAUUCGGCUCUUCCUCGCCGGCUACGAGCUGACGCCCACCAUGAGGGACAUCAACAAGAAGUUCUCGGUGCGCUAUUACCUCAACCUGGUGCUGAUUGACGAGGAGGAGCGGCGCUAUUUCAAGCAGCAGGAGGUGGUUUUGUGGCGCAAGGGAGACAUCGUGCGGAAGAGCAUGUCCCAUCAGGCUGCGAUCGCCUCUCAGCGUUUUGAAGGGACGUCCUCCCAGACGGAGAGCAGGACACCCACUCAGCCUUCAGAGAACAACGGUCGGCAGUAAGAGCAUCCGGAGGGGGAGCGAGACGUUCCCAGAAGGACAUCCGCGGUUGCACCUUUGAGCUGUGGAAGGAAAAAGACAGGAAACAGAUCUUUCAUCAGAGAUUUGCGAAAACAAAUUGUCAGGUUGUAUAUGUGUGUGUGUGUGUGUUUUCUUCUUUCUUCCUUUUUAUCAUAAGGACUAGCAACUUGAAGGAUGGGAAGGGAGUCGGCACAUGUAACAAGGAAGCCUGCCCCCACCCACCACCUCCCUCUCUAUUCGGUACUCCGUCGGUAUGGAAGAAAGUCUGGGUCCAAACUUUCCCGAGUGUAAGGGGAACAUUGUUAGUAUUCAGAGAUGCGGACCCGAAAGCUUUUUAAAAAUUCCAGAUGUAAAGAUUCUUGCUUGUUUAUCCAUAUGCUUGAAGAUAUUGUUGGGGUU